AACCGGAUGCUGCUUUAGUUUCCGGUAAGGUGGGAGCUGGUCGUAUGUUGACAUGGCAGUGAGUCCCUCCUGGCCGUCAUUCUGACCGGUCCUUUCUCAUGGAUCAUCUGUCUACACUAAUUCUAAAACUUUGGACAACGAUUGGUAGAUUAUAGCCAAAUCGUAGCAUUUCCGUCAUGCUUUAAUAUAAACCUGAUGGUCCAGUCGAUAAAAUUACAUCAGUCGGCAAGGAAAGAGGACGGAUCUGCAUGAAGAUCAUCUAACAUCUGACGGAGCUCCUUACUCAUUAGCUCCUCAGCUGCUGACCUUUAUUAACACAGAGGACCUCCCGCUGACAGUCGUAGGUUCCUUUAUUUGUCGGGGUUUGGAUUGGCUGAAAUCUUCUCCUGGAGAAGAACAAAGGUUUUCGAUCCACUCAGAAGACCACCUGUUUAGAGGCCAUCGUGUGGGCAUCCAGGGAAUGUGUUCGGAUCGAUGUUUGCUUUUAGUUUAACGCCGAUUGAUAAGCCCUCUGCCCCCGGCGUCUAACUCGCCUUCACAAGAAGGAACAGUGGAGCCGUUGUCUUGGCUGACAAGUAAACACUGAGCGAUCUAGUCCACUAAUAAAAGGGACAUCAUUUUUAGAGUUGGUUAACAAGAUUUGAGAACACUAUUUUUGGAAAUGACAGCUGUAAUCGGAAAGGUGUGGGGUUGGGUGCGUCCCACGUUCUCAUACCGUCUGUGGGGUAGAAGUGCCGAGUCAGAAAAUACCUCAAUAGACUGUGUGACAACUGAGAAGAGGCGCUUCUGGAGCCUCAGUAGUUUAAGUCCUUGGGACUGGGCUAACUAUAAAAAGGACCAAUCAAGUGGAGCAGAAGAGUUUUGGGAGGCCCAUGAGAAAUUGCAAUCCGUGGAUUUGACAGAUUUUGGGGCAGGAAAGCAGGAAUUGGGGAAAGUCGAACAUGCCCCCAGUUGGUGGAAUAAGAUCAUACCAUUCUCUUUCUCGCCAACAAAAACCGAAUUAGGUGGGCUUAGACGACGGAAAUGCGAAGAGGCAUGGGACAAUGAUGCAGACUUCUCAGAUUAUGGAACACCUCCACCAUCCCCUACACCCCCUACUCUCACCCGUGUGUGGUCCACCAUUGGCCUGUUUGUACACAGCUGGAAAGGGGAGAUCUUGCCCGAGCAUUAUGAAAUCUGCUUCAAUUUCCUGCGCCACCUCUUUGACCUUGUUGUGGUUGGCUUCCUGUGGACCGUGUCCCCGCCAACCAAGCUGAUCCUGGAGGUGCUUGGGGUCCAAGGAGCGUUGAGGCUGUGGCUUCAUGGGAUGGCAAUGUUCUUUGUUUCCACGGUUGGGAUGGCGGGGCUGCUUUGGGUGAUCCAGGAGUACCUUCCUCAGUUUGCGCUGCUCUUUGGCAUUGCACAAGCUCUGGUCAUCUCUGUCAGUGUGAAGCAGAGUGUGAUCUUGGGAGGAGAGCUGGAGGAGGACCAGGAGGAUAUUCAUGAGGGGGCCAAGGAGGGUUUGAGUGACGAUGAACAGCAUGAUGACCACCAUGGCUCUUCAAUGGACACGGCACGGCACUGAUUCAAGUAGGCGUCUUCUGGAUGCAAAAUGAAUGGGUGUAUUAUGGGAUACUAACUCAAAGAUGUAAUAAAACCACCUAAUUGUUUGAAGUGGAUUAUCGCCAAGGAGCAAAGAAAGCCCUAUGGAAAACAUUUCACUGCUGGACUGAGGCUUUAACGCUGUGCUUGCUUCACCUUAUUCUUAACACGACCACGGUACCUUGUUUAAACCAAGCUUUGAUAACAAACGUUGUGGACGGUUUUAAGUGAUUUCCGGUCGGCCCUCAACCUCUACAACAAAAGGAGGUUCCGUGGUUGUUUUUCAUGGUCUGCUGCAUUUUUUUUUUGUCUGUUAACACUACAUACCAGCACUUAUUAAUACAUGUUCUUGUACAACUUAUGCAGUAACCUGUGCCAUAACAUUGUGUGAUUGAUUAUUGAUGGAUGUCUGAUUACACAUUUCUGGAUCUAAGUGAUGUAACAUGAUGGGUUUUGUAAUCAUGUGUGUUUCUAUUAAUAUAUAUAUAUAUAGGUAAUGAGGCCAUACAAUGAUUAAGGAAAAAUAGCUGAAUACCAAAUGCGGACUUGGUAUGCCAUAGCACAUUUUGCACACCACACCUUUUUCUAAAAUUAAGGAAUUCAAAGUACCUGGUAUUUUCCAAUCGCAUGGGCCUCUGAUCUACCUGUCAUGUCAACAAGCAUUUUAAGUUCUAAGCAUGCAUCACACCUGUGGUCUCUUUAUGUAACAAACCAGUGCAAUGUUUUGUAUUUGUCUUAACACCAAAAUACUUUUUUGCCUGGUCUUCGUCUUACUACUACAAUUGCCUUGUAGGGAAUGAUAUUUUUGUAGUAUUUCUUGAUACCCUUUUAACUUCUAGUGCUGGAUCACUGUAGAAACGGACAACUAGAGUUAUUGCCUUUGUAACACAUUGGUUAUGCUUGUCAUGAUAUAAAGCAAGUAGGAAUCUUUGGGGAAAUGUAAGUGUGUCCUGAAUUAAAUCAUAUUAUGGAAUUUCACAAUUGUACAAUCGUUCAUGAUAAAUAAAAUGUUUCAAUUUUUUUU